ACAACCUACUAACAACAGCAACAGCCCAAGAUACCAGAAACAUUAUUCUGCCACUCACAUUUAUAAUUACGAUAUACCGGGGUCAACCAGGAGCCAAAGGGGCUUUGUUUACGCGAGUUCUGGGAGGAGGUUGACAGAGGAUCCGAGCAACAACAGAGAUGGAGCCACCUACAGGAGCGUCUUCUAUCUCAGUAACUGUUCGUGUGAGACCGUUCACGCUCAAGGAGGCUGCGCAACUCAAGAAAUGCGAUGAUGGAACAAUCUUUCUGGGCGAUGGGUCCCUCGCAGCAGCGCCCACUUCGAGAAUUACGAAUAAAGGCAUACACCCGGUGAUCAAAGUUGUGGACGAUAAAUGCCUUGUGUUCGAUCCACCCGAAGACAAUGGCAUGACGAAAUUCUCUCGGGGAAACCUCUUGAGCAUGGGAAAGCGAAGCAAGGAUCAGACCUUCGGAUUCGACCGAGUCUUUGACGAGAACACAACACAGGGCGACGUAUACGAAGCGACAACUCGAAGUCUUCUGGAUAGCGUGCUGGACGGAUACAAUGCCACUGUUUUCGCAUAUGGAGCCACCGGCUGUGGCAAGACCCAUACGAUUACCGGAACAGCUCAGCAGCCUGGCAUCAUUUUCUUGACAAUGCAAGAGUUGUUCGAGAAGAUUGCAGAGAGGAGCGACGAGAAGCAUACUGAGGUGUCCCUUUCAUACCUGGAGAUCUAUAACGAGACGAUCCGAGAUUUACUCGAGCCAGGUGGAAGUAAACAAGGAUUGAUGCUGAGAGAAGAUGCGAACCAAACUGUCUCCGUGGCUGCGUUAUCUAGCCACCACCCCAAAGACGUCCAGGAAGUCAUGGACAUGAUUGUUAAGGGAAACGAGUACCGCACAAUAUCACCAACAGAAGCUAACGCGACAUCAUCACGAUCACAUGCGGUUUUACAGAUCAAUGUGGCGCAAAAGGACAGGAACGCCGCCGUGAACGAGCCACAUACGAUGGCAACACUCAGCAUUAUCGAUCUUGCCGGCAGCGAGCGCGCUAGCGUGACGAAGAAUCGGGGAGACCGCCUUCUCGAAGGUGCGAACAUCAACAAAUCACUGCUAGCCUUGGGAAGCUGUAUCAACGCAUUGUGUGACCCCCGCAAGAAGAACCACGUCCCCUACAGAAAUUCAAAGCUCACUCGACUGCUUAAAUUCUCUCUCGGAGGCAACUGCAGGACGGUUAUGAUUGUUUGCGUCAGCCCCUCGAGUGCACAUUUCGACGAGACGCAGAAUACAUUGCGAUAUGCGAACAGAGCCAAGAACAUCCAAACGAAGGUCACGAGAAACGUUUAUAAUGUCAACCGUCAUGUGAAGGAUUUCGUAAUUAAGAUCGAUGAGCAAAUGGCUCUCAUUACUGAGCUCAGAGCCCAGCAAAAGAAUUAUGAAGAGGCGGCGUUUGUGAAAUUUAAGAAGCAGACCGAAAAGAGAGAUCACAUUGCGAAAGAAGGCAUCGCAAGAAUUCGCGCGGCAUACGAAUUGUCGGUUUCGGAGAGACAGGAAAAGUCAAAUAACAUGAAGAAGCUACACCAGAUCGAGCGCAGAAUCUCAAUCCUGUCAGCAUGGAUUGCUUCCUUCGACAGCAUUUGCGACAACAGAGACGAUGGCGUCAUGCCACCAAGCUUGACCUCAAUGAGGAAGACAGCUCAAGGAAUCUUGGUCGAGUUAGAGCAUAGCCGCCAGCAUUACCAUCAACGACAGCAGAAGAACAACUGGGAGCGCGCUAUUGAUUCCGCGGCGCAGAACAGUAUUCGCCAGCUGACGGAGGCUGAUGGCACAACAGAUGGAACAGAAGCCGCGAGUUUGGAACGCGAAGCGGAACUCCUCAAGGCCAACGCUGCACGCGAUGCGCUAUUGGAGGUUGUCGAGUUAGAGAAAUCCGGAGAUUUGGGCGUUAUGCAAGUGCUGCUCUCUGCCCAGUUCGACCUGAUCUCUUCUCUCGGUGACAUCCUAGCCAUGAGCCAGGAGGAUGCCGUCCGGCAUGCCAAGUCGGUUUUGACCAGGCUAUUCAACAGCUGCUCGACUGCAGCAUCGCACGUCAUCAAGCCCGAUGGAUCGCUCAAUGUUACCCAGGCCUUCCCACCAACGAAGCGUGGGACACCGAAGAAGAAGAAGCAAGUCAACUUGUUCGUAGAUGACGAAACUCAGAUCGCACCGCUAACAUUGGAGCCUCUACCCGCUCCAGUCCCAGACCAUGUGGCUCCCUCCCCCAUGCGAGGCUCGCCUAGACGUCGCAAGGUGCCAGGCAAGAAGGGCAUCUCCUUCACGCCGAACAAGAAGUCACUGAAGAAGCGCAGCGUGCGCUGGCGUGACGACGCCGACUCGGGCGCUCUCGCGGAGUUUGAAAAGACGCCUCAGAAGCUUCAAUUCACACCCGAGGCCUCCUCAGGGGAAGCGAGCUUUAUCCUGCCACCGCUGCCAUCGAACCUCGCUUCAGAACUGCUAGACGACUCGACAGAUUCCUCGCCCGUCCCCGAAGCGCCCCAGCCAAGCCUGGACAUCAAGCCCAAGAACAGCCGCUUCCAAGCCGGCUUCCUCUCGAAGCGACCCGACAACACAUCCCCCACCCAUCCAACCUCCACAUCCCCAUCCUUCUCCGACACCUCCCCACUCCGCUCCAUCGACCCCACCAAAGCCGGAAACCGUCUCUCGACAUCCGCUCCUCCCACCUCCGCGCUCGCUAACGAACUCACGCCGUCCUCGACGCCCGACUCGUCCGCGCUGACGUCAGACACGGAAAAUAUUUCGCACGCGGAUAGUGCCAAGAUCCGCGCUGCGCUGCGUCAGUCCCGCGGUAGUCACGCGCACAGCAUGUCCGAGAGCGCCCUGCGCACUGCGCGCCGCCGCAGUCCUACUGCCGCUUCUAUCGUGGGCGGGGGCAGUCCGCCUGCAGAAGCGCAUUUCUCGGCCGGGCAGGCGAGGAGGAUGGUUGGGUCUGGGAAGGAACCUGUGGUUGGGAGCGUGUUGAGUCCAAGGACGGCGCCGGUGAUUAAGAGUGCGUCCGGGGGGCCGGGGCCGAGGAGGACGACGAUUGCGAGUUCGGUGGGGGGAAUGAGUGCGGUGCAGGCUGUUAGGUUGGGGGCUGUGGGGACGCCGAGGCAGAGGGAGAGUGCGGUUGGGGUUGUGGGGAAGGGGGGGUGGAGGUGA